AUGUGGGUGAUACGAUAUCAAAAUACAGUGGAAGAUGGCCAUAUCAGUCAUAUUUCGUGUUGCCUUCAAGCAUCUAAAAGUUACAGCAUAGGUAGAUCGAGCAAAAAUUCAUUGAUAAUCAAAAAUGACAAGAGCAUUUCCCGGCAGCAUAUCACUUUCAAAUGGGAAAUCAAUGGCGGUUUAAAUUUGAAGGCUAGCCAUCUCUCCUUAAUCAACCAGGGUAAAUUGACAUCAAUAAACAAAAAGUUCUUGAAAGUCGGCGAAAAGUUCAUUAUCUAUGCUCCAGAAGUGUCGAACCUAACAACUAUCGAAUUAGGUACAAGUCCUUUUCAUAUUGAAGUUGCAUGGGUAAGUGAAAUCUGGAACAUUCCUUCUCAUUUAACCGAAUUCCGUACGACACUUUCUCAAUUCGGUAUUUCGACGGAGUCAUCCAUUGAUGAUGGUCCCAUCAAUCUAAUGAUAAGUGAUUUUCCGAGUAGCGAUGACAAUGGAAUGCGGGAAUUAUAUGCUCUUGUUAAUGCUAUACCAUUGAAAAAAUUGCGGUUGCUAGUCGAUGUAUGCAAAACGCUGCUGCCGGCAUCUGUAAGGAAUUUAAAGUUUGAUGAAAUGUGGAAAGAUGUGUUGAAUAGCCCGGAAUUUAAUGUCUUUAAUUUUGAUGCGAGUGUUUUGUCUUCUAAGUUUAUGAAGCUAAAUAGAAUCAUUGUAUUGACCACCACUAGUAAUGAGCGUCGCUUAUCAGCUACCUUGAGGGGAUUAAAUGUGAAAUUAUUAAAUUUCGACAACAUGAAGAGUUUAUAUGAGCAUGUUGAUGGUUUGAAGCCAUCGAUAAAAUAUCUAAUUUUAACUUCUACAAAUAAGACAGAAAACGGCCAAAUACAAUGUACUAUCAAUGGCCUGAUAACGUCAGUAAUAGAAGAUGCAUUACCUGCCAUAACCAAUACUAAAAGUGUACCUUGUGAAAUUCAAAACAAAAAGUUUGAAAGAGUCUCUGAGGUACAAUCUACUUCUUCAAAAACACUUCAUACUCCUGAAAUUGAGGUUGGUCCAGCAAUUUUGAAGAAAAGAAGGCUGAAUAGACGUAGAGUUCAACCACUCGAUAGUUUAAGUUUUUUUGCUGGAGGCUUGAGUUCUAAGUCUUCCUCAGAACACCAAGAUUUUGCUGAUGCUGAAAAGCUCAGUCCUGGUUUAGGCUUAAAGACUGUCAUCUCGAGCCCCAACAUUGGGAGAAUGGACGAAACGUCUUCCUUAGCAGUGCGGAACAUACAAAAAGUGGAUGAAAACAAUGAAAAGGAAAAUGGACAGAAGAGUACGGGCGCCAUAGUUAUCAGCAGUCCUGAAUUAUAUGCUGAACAUAUAUCUGAGGAUUCGGAAGAUAAACCACCACGGCUGUCUCCCCUGACGGUGACACGGCCUGGCUUACAAAGCAACCCUCUCAUUUCCAGAACAACCCCUGCACAUUAUAUGGAAGAUAAAAGAAUAGCUGAAAAUUAUGAAAACGGAAAAAGCUCAACUCGAGAUAUAAUUCAAACGCUUGAAGAGAAUCAUGAACCUCCUGAACAAUCACAGGAAAAAAAUUCUUAUUCGCAAGUAGAUCGUAAGUCACCUGUAAAGGAGUUACUUCAAAAAAGAAAAUCCAACACGCCACUUUCAUUUGUUGAAGCUAUACAGGAAACCAAAAAUAGAGAAGUUGAAAGAUUCAAAUCUACUAUUGUUCAGUUAGAAGAUGAUGAGUUAAGCGAAGAAGGUAUCAACCAACUAAAAAAUUUGGCUAUCGUUGAGCCCAAUGAGGAUUUGUUAAGAAAACCGCAAAUUUUGGGGACAAACAGUGUGAGAACUAGGGCUCAAAAAAAUGAGAGCGGUAUCAUGAGACAAGAGUGGCACGAACGGAAGAAUUUCAAGACUUUCAUUAAAGUGUGGCCAAAAUUUAAAAUGCAAAACGAAGGAAAUAAGGGUGAUACUCAAAACUCAGAUUUCAUUCGAAGUGCGGCCUUCUUAAUCACGAGAAACUACGUCCCAUUAAGAAAAUAUUCUAAGAAUAAUAAGGCUACAGAGUGCAACGGAAAAGAAAACGAAGAUAUGCUUGGAUUGAUAGAGAUGGAAAACUUAGUAUCUAAUACGGGCGUAUCUGGUAAUACAAGCUCAGCCGUGAUUCAACAAGGACCUCGUACUCAAAAUACAUUUAUAAAUGAAGAUAUUUCUGAUGAAGGGAACCAACAGUCUUUCUCAUUUUCUCGUCAUUCAGAUAUUGCUCAACCAGCAAAAAACAAGCUCUUUGUUACUGAAGACGAUGAUAAAAAUAAUAUGGUGAACGAUAGUGAGAAUGGUUGUGAAUUGAUAACGUUGAAGAAGAUAGGUUUGCGACCAAGUAACUUCGAUGAACCUUCAAAAGGAAAUAGACGUAGUAGAAGUACAGCGGCCGGGCUGCAUGAAUCUUGCGAAGCUUUUGAUGAGAAUGACGACGAGAAGGGUGAUGAUAGUGAAAAUGACGACGACGAGGGUCCUAAAUUCAAAUUCAAAAGGAAAAAACGAUAA